ACAUCAAGUCAGAGAGUUUUAUUUCAAAUAGUUCGUCGCAGCGGCGGAAUUCGGGUUUAUUUUCAAACGUUACAACGUAACAACGAGUCAGAUGAACUUUGUAUUGUUCAAUAACAGUACGAAAUAGUUACUGUGAAAGAUACGUGUCGAGCUGAUAUAUUUUUCAUGCGACAUUCAGUGGCGAUAAGAACCGAUUAUGACGAUAAGCACCUGAUAAAUAGCUGACCUCGAAUGCAAUUCUCGUGAGAUGUUAGCAAAGUUAUUCGCGAACCUUUUCUCUAGUGUGACGAAACGUACACGAGGAUGCCGAGUUUCGGCUCACACGAGCUCACGCACCCGGAGCUGUUGUCAGAACACCAGCUCCGUGGGCUUUUAAGCAAUAGUUGCAUUGACAUUCGUAAUUUGGAGAAGUUAUGUAAAAAUGAAUUGUUGGAAAUAUAUAAACGAGUUUCUAUGCCGUUACCACAGCGGCAACGUGAAAAUACGAAAACUUCGGAUAUGAAAGUAGAUACAACGUCAGAGGAAUUUAUUGUAGUUGCAAAGGACAAUAAUGCAUAUAAUUUAAACACAAACUUAAGCAAAGGAACUAAGAGGAUGUCUCCAUCGUCACAGUUUGAAGAGGAUAAGUUAAAACUUUCAAUUAACGAUAAAAGAUCUUUACCUAAAAAAAUUCAAUUAUCUUCUACAUCAAAGGUAGAAACUAUAUACAAUGGUAUCAACAAGCGUAAAAGCGAAGAACAAAAUGAGGAACCAUUGAAGAAAUAUCAGAAAAUCACAUGGCCAUAAACAACAGAGGAAGAUAUACUGAAUUUCUCAUAUUUUAUUAUCAAAAUUAAUUUUUAAAGAGUAGUGUUUGCUUAAUAGUAAACAAAACUUCUAUAAAUGACAAAGGCUAUGCUUACAAUACUUGGCCAGUAUGCAUGGGAAGAACCCAUAGACAGGGCAAGAAUUUAUUUCUUGUAUUAUACAUGCGAUAUCAAGUUUAGAUAGUUUUUUAUGUGAGGUAAUUUUUAUAUGAAAGAGAUGAGAAAUCAAUGUUUAUGUGAAAUUUUGUUAUUAGAGGUUAAAACUGGUAUAAUUAGCUUGGAUGAGAAUUAUACCAGUUUUAAUUUCUAACACAAAGCAUGUGACAGCUGUUGUUAUGCACCAUUAAUGUUAUUUACAUUCGUUUGAUAGGGAUGUUGGCAUCUUGACGUCGAUUCGUGAUUCUUCUUAAUCAAGUAACUCAGAUUGUAUAUACAGAUUUAUAGUUGGGCAUUGAACUAAUCAUAUAUCGAGGUAAGCAUUCUCGUUGCAUUCAUUAACAUGAUUUUAUUAUGUUUCAACGAAAAUAAAUAUUUUACUUCGAAUAAAUAAUCAUGUAUGUACGUAAUAUAUAUGUAAUAUUCGAUCGCUUAUGAUUUAUUUUAUACAUUAUAUGUUUAUAUAUAAUCAUGUGAAACUAUUUCGACAGUAUUACUAUGUUUGUACAGUCGGGAUUUAUGCAAAUAUUACAUAGACCGAUAUCGUGCUGCGUGAGAUACACAUAGCGUACGAUAUCGCUAAUUCGAUUAUUUGUACAUUAAUAAAAUACCGAUAUAAGUAA